CAUUACAGGCUACAGACACGCCUUCCCCCUGACACAGGCCCCCCGAGGCACUGUGGCAUCCACCCUCUGCGCAGCUGGUUACUCCCAGCUCCGCGCUGAUCGGCUGCGAGGGACGAGCUCGCACCGCAGCCCCCUGCGACCACUCGCCUGCCGGAGCUCCCCCGGGAGCUCCCCCGGCCGCCGCGCCCGCCGCCGGGCCCGAGCAGCGGGUGUCCGUGCGCCGCUCCCACACCGGCGCCAGCAGCGAGGGGCCGAGCCUGCGGCUGCCGGAGCCUGCCCCGCCCCCCCGGCGCUUUAAAAGCGCGGCCUGCGCCAGGCCCCGCGCCCGCCGGGCGACGAGUCGUGAAAAGCUCAAGAGGCAACCUUCAAGAUCUGACGGGGAAAGAGCACAAAACUGCAAUUUUGCAUCAAAGUCCAUGAUAACCGAUUGAGAAACAGUUGCAUCACUUGCCUUCUGAUAGUCUUUUGCAAUAAAACCGCUUCGUAGUGCGUGCCAUCUUCUGCUAAAUCCACACAAGUAAAGAGUGCUGAAGAAACUGAAACUGAACCUGUGCAGCCGUAUUCUUCGAGAAAGGCGGAAGACAGUUUGAGCCAUGGCAAGCCAGGACUUGCUGGCGAAAAAGAGAGAAUGUCUUCAGGCCUACAGCUGGUGGAGAACGCCACAGAAGAAACGGAAGAAAAAGAACAAAAUAAAACCAGGAAGAAUAGAGUUUGUCCCUAGUAGUACUGCAGCCAGACCGGAUUAUUCAAUAUUUGUUGGGGAGCUUACUCCGGAAGUGGAUGAUUUCCAGCUCUAUGACUAUUUCCUAAAGAGGUACCCCUCAUGUAUUGACUGCAAAAUAGCAACAGACCUGCUGGGAUAUUCCAGAGGGUAUGCCUUUGUCAGAUUUGGUGAGCAAGGUGAUCAGAUGAGGGCACUGCAAGACUGCCAGAAUGCACCAGGUCUGGGGGGAAAACGAAUCCGGCUGAGCAUAGGAAUUUCUAAAAGACUGAAAGCAGAAUUCCAGCGGUACCAGUCGUACAACUACAAUGAUUAUUACCAAGAUUAUCAGAACUACUACUCGCAGUGGAAUUAUGAUCCUUAUGCUGACUACAACUACAGCUCUUAUACUCCCUAUGACAGCAUGCAAACUGUUGGAGACUGCUCUUUAGGAGAUACUCUUAUGGCUCCAGCUGUUUUUGAGGAAACUUCAGCUAUGACUGAAAUCAAUGAUGACCUAAUAACUGAAGAUCCGCAGCUUUACUUGGAUGUUGAUGAAAUGAACAGACAAUUUAUGGAGACAAGUGAAGAACUCUAUGAUUCCCUUAUGAAUUGUCACUGGCAACCUCUGGAUACGGUCACUUCUGACAUCCCCUCUGCUAUUUAAGUGUCUUAUAUAGCAUGACCGUAAUGACCAAGGUGCUAAAAUUACAUUUCUUCUACAUUACUCUAGAUCAUAAGUUUUAAAGCACAAUGAUAGGUUGGGUUUUUUUGCUAUGCUUUUGACAGUUUCUGUAAUCUUUUUUUCUUUUUUUUUUUGUUCAUCACUCUACACAAAGCAUCUUGAAAUCAUGUAAAUAUUCUAGAAAUGUAAAGAGUUCAAAGGGGUCUAAAGAUAGACUUGCCUGUGUAAAUAAAAUUUUGUUUCUGCAAACCUGCCAGCAAGGGAUUUUACUUACAUAUGUGAAGCACAUUCUCUUCUGGCUUGUGGAAGUUAGCUGGAGGCAGUAGGGGUAUUCCACCUGCCAUUGGUAUGGGCACCAGGACUAGCAAAAACUAGUUCUCACAUGCUUCCAAGUUACCUAGGCAACCUCUUACAAGCUCUUAACACGCUUGGUUAGAUGGCAUGUGUAUAUGGGAGAUGCUCCCAGAGUUUGCCAUGGGAAUGCUUGGGCCACUCCUGCAGCCCGCUGGCACUCACUGUACUACUGUUGAUCUGUUAGGUCAGUUAAAAUUGCUUUAUCAAUACAUGAUUUUAAACAUACAGAAGGGCGAACUUUCAGCUGCCAUAGCUGCAAACAUUCCAAAGACUAAAGAUGAUCCCUACUGACAAUUUUAUUCCUGCCCUUCUUACUGUUAAUCUUCUCAACUGACACUUCACAGCAAAGAAACUGGUGUAACAUAAUACAUGUUCUUAAACCUAAAAGUCCUCUGAGAAGAUAAUUUUCUUUUUUAAAGGAAGAAAAGUAAUCUAUGGAGAAGAAAACUAUGCUAGUAAAACUUGUCAGCUAAGUUGCUGAACACCUCUAAUUUUUUUCAGUUUUCAUGCUCAGGUGUUUGAUAGUGAUGAGGUUAUGAAACCUUAGUAGUAUGAGAGGUUUCAGUAUUUGAGUCAAAGGAGACUAGGGGAGGUAGCAAUGAGGAAAGUUCUGCUUUAAGUUAGCACCUUCUGAGUGGCUUCUUCUAAACUCUUCUCAUCUGGAAGGGUGUAAAGUAUUUUCCAGUCAUAGAGACUUCUUAAGCCCAUGUAUUUGUAAAAGUAUUUACUACUUAAUGUACAUGAUAACAUAAGUUGGGCUGGAAACAGAAGAAUACUCUUCCAAGAAAAAAGGUGUCAGAAAUUAUCAGAGCUAAUAGCUGUGGAAGCUACUAGAGCUAGUUAAGACAUUUGCCAUGUGUGUUUUUGGGGUGACCUAAACCAUAAUUGCUGUGAUGGCAGAUGAAGUUUUCUGGCUUUCUUUAAUGACUUAAUCACAUUAAAAUGGUGUUCAUAACCUAUGUGCUGUUCUUAAAUUUGAAAUGUUGUAUUUCAGAGUGAUGUGACUUGGUGUUGGCAGAUCAUUUCUAGCUGCUGACUGGAUUCUCUUUACAGCUUAAUUUUCACCUAGGAAUAUUUCCAAAGUUCCUCCCAUGAAAUGCAGAUGUUCUAAAACAGAAGAGGCUUUUGGACUACUCUAGGAAGUUCAUUCUUCCUGGAUUUUGUGCAGACAUACAUGUAGGAAGAGACAGAAAGCAAAAAACCUCACCUAGGCAGGAGCAGUAGCAUCACAGUUUUAGGAACUGCUUCCCUGCUUUGGGGGAGAGAGCUAGUUGCAAGGUGACUGCAACUACUUGGAAUUUAGAUUUCUUCGAUGAAUGUUUCCCUUGUGUGAAGUGGUGAGGCUUUGGAGGGUGAGGGUAGGGAGACAAUGAGAAUGUGACAGGAAGUGGAGUAAAUAAAGCAAAGAGAAUCUGGGUAGGAAAAGGUGUACUUGUGUGCCUAUAUAGAAUUGUUUCAGAGGACUGUAGUAGGAGGAAACUCAAGAUAGUAGGUGUAGGCCUCUUGAAUUUGGAUGUGGGAGUGUUAAAAGAUUCAAAACCAUACAGGAUUUGAUGCCACUUCUGUUGUGGUGCGUAGCUGUGUUGCUUGAGCUGGAUAGCACAAACAGGUCUGUUAAGCAAGGGACUUUGUACCUAUCAAGCACCAUCACCACGAGCAGCAUGACAGCUUCCAGGUCUGUGCCUGGCUUAUAUCAUGCUUUGAGUAGCUUGCAUAGCAUCGCCUAAUACUGUUCUGAAGGUGCAGCAAGUCAUUUGUUGAAAGCAUUUCUUGUGCUACCAGUUAAAAAGGAGAUGCUAAAGAUGUGCAUUGUCUCAGCAGAAAUCCUGUGGAGCAUCUAUGCUAAUUUCUGGUAUUUGGGAGGUUGACGGUGUAAUGAGGAGCCCAUGUAGCUAUGGGAUUUCACUUAGUCUGACACUGUAUCACCACAGUAUGUAAACCUCAAAAAAAGUCACAGUCUGUAGCCACCCCAUUUAUGCAGAUUUUACCUGUUAACAAGGUCUCUGCACUAGAGACUGUGUCAGACAUGCAUGUGCCUUCUGUAAGUACCCAUAUAGUGAAAAUUCUGUGAAGGUAAUGCAGUGAAAGAGGUGCUUUGGGCUGUUAGUUCUCCAGACCUGAGAAAUGUUGGGGCUCUAUUUUCUUCCAGUCAACAUCUGAGAAAAAUGAGGCAAGGAAGAGUCUGUUGAGAGGCAGCCCAUGUGAUACUGUCCUAAAAUAGUUCUCUGACCUCUUUUUCUGUCUCCUGAGCCUUGCUAGCUUAUUUCUCCUUCCAGUUAGGAGUGCAUAUGUGGGAUCAAGAUCGUGUGUGCAGCACAUACUCUUUACAGUAAAGGCACUACAGAAUUUCUUGCCUGUAUUAUUGGUGUGUUGUUACCCAUGAAUCCCAAAUACAGGAAACAGCGAGUGCAUCACAACUGUGAGAAUGUUGCUGAGACUUUCUACUGAGUAAACUUACAGCAGUCCACAACUGCCCAUCUGCAUUAGCUAGCUUAAGAAAGACUUGAACACAUCAUGCUGGUGCCUGCCACCAGUUCUGCAAAGAUCCAAUUGCAAUGGGAGCAUUUAAAAACAAAACGGAAGUCUUAGAAGCAACUUUUUUCAACACCAGUCCAUUUCACUUCUAGUUGAGUUUUGUCUCUCUUUCACCCAGCUGAAAUGUGUGGUUGGUGGUUUGUGGGGUUUUUUUAAGCUUGAUGAGGGUUCCCCCUCCCCCCAAGUAUAUCUAGUACUGGUUUUAUAAACUCUUCAUUGCACCUAGCUGUGAUAGUGCCUUUACUCAAACCCUGCUCAUUUCUUUGAGUUGUGUUUUUGUUUUCUAUCACUUCUCUGCACAAGGAGGUUUUAGUAGGAUGGUUUGAGGGGUUACUAAUCCUGCAGUCAGUGAGCAGGGAGAAGGAAACAGGCCCAAAAGGGUGAGAAGUACUUAGAAAGGGUACAAUAAGGAUAAAUGGUACUUAAGCCGUGAAUGUUUCUUUUUGCAGGGAUGCUCUUGGACCAACAGCUUCUUUCUAGCGCUACCUCAAAGUAACUUGCAGAUAUAACUCACAGGGAAGAUUGAUCAAAUGGUGAUGAUCCCUAUCAUUCUGCUGGAGAUUAUAUAUAUUUGCCUUUUGUUUUGUCUCACUUCUAAUAACAUUUAUUUAAGUUCAGUGACUCAUGUCAAUAGACAUUGUUGUCUACAUCGACAGGUAUUUCUGAGUCAUGAGUGUCAUUAAAGGCAUGUCACUGUAUGGAAAUUGUUCUAAAUAAGUAAAAUAAGCAAAUAAAGCAGCACUUGAAUUUACA